AGAGAAGACGCCGCGGCCACCGAUAACGCCGCGGCCACCGAUAACGCCGCGGCCACCAUGGGGAACAAGCAGACCAUCUUCACUGAAGAGCAGCUGGACAACUACCAGGACUGCACGUUUUUCAAUAAGAAGGACAUCCUCAAAAAACAGCAAAUGUCAGGUGCCCUCAUGGGCGAAGGAACCUCCCAGGCAGCUGGACACCCUGCUUGAGCGGUUGCCUGUCUUGUUUCGGAGUGUCACCUCCAUGUCACUAACCCCCACAGCCCUACCAAGCCAGCCUCUCUCCACUGCUCGCAUCCCAGUGAGAUCUAGAGAGAGCAAAGACCACCCAGCCCUGUACAGCAGUUCAGUGGCAGAGCCAGGCCACCCAGACCCUGCCUCCACUGGCCUGCCUGCCUUCCCUGUGCUUUGAUUCAGCCUCCUCUUCUCCAUCCUUUGGCUGCCUGACUCCUUGGAUUCUGAAACUUAACAGCCUGCAGGGGCCAACCUGCACCCUGAGUAAAGAAAGUGGGCCGGUCCCCGGAUCAUUUCUGAAGAAAUAGCUGCUCCCAGCCCCAGCAGGAUCGGCAAACAGAUGUACAGUGCUCCAUGCGCGCUUCUAUGAGCUGGCCCCCAACCUCGUCCCCAUGGACUACAGGAAGAGCCCCAUCGUCCAUGUGCCCAUGAGCCUCAUCAUACAGAUGCCAGAGCUCCGGGAGAAUCCCUUCAAGGAGAGGAUUGUGGAGGCUUUCUCUGAGGAUGGCGAGGGGAACCUCACCUUCAAUGACUUUGUGGACAUGUUCUCUGUGCUCUGUGAGUCGGCACCCCGAGAGCUCAAGGCAAAUUAUGCCUUCAAGAUCUAUGACUUCAACACUGACAAUUUCAUCUGUAAAGAAGAUUUAGAGCUGACCCUGGCGCGACUCACUAAGUCAGAGCUGGAUGAGGAUGAGGUCGUGCUUGUCUGCGACAAAGUCAUUGAGGAAGCUGACUUGGAUGGUGAUGGCAAGCUGGGCUUCGCUGAUUUUGAGGACAUGAUUGCCAAGGCCCCUGAUUUUCUCAGCACCUUCCACAUCCGAAUCUGAGGACACUGCCAAGGCUGCAGGGGCCUAGAAGUCUGCCCUCUGGCCUGCUGUCUGUGAAGGUGUGGCUUCUGGGGGCCUAGAAGUCUACCCUCUGGCCUGCUGUCUGUGCAGGUGUGGUUUCCAGGCACUUCAGGAAAGGGGCUGUAGCCUCUGGGGUUCUCCUCACCCAUGGACAUUUCCUGUGGCCCUUUCAGCAAAAAACAAAUAAAAAAAAAAACUUAACAUCGAUGAGGUUGUAAAGAGCAAGACCCUUCCCAGGGUCCCCAGUGGUUCACCCACCAAAUCAACAGUCCCCCUGAGGGUCCUCUCAACCACCCCUUCUCCUGCCCUGUCCUUUUCUCACCUAGCAGUGUCCUCCUAGGAGGGGAAGAUGGGAAACCUAGCAGGAGAGGUGGGGCUGGAUUAUCCAUAUACUGGGAAGACACCCAGGGCUAAUUGCAAAAAAAAAAAAAAAAAAAAAAAAAAAAAACAGAGACUGGGGUUUUAACAAGCUAUGCAAUCUUUUACUAAAAUCAAGGCUGGGCUGUUACCCUCCCCCCCCCCAAAACUCCCCCAUCCUCUACUUUCCCAAUGUGAAGCUGUAUAAGCAGUAGGUCCAAAGGGCUCUGCCCCUGUGUCUUGAACACUACCACACCUACCCUCCCCAAUGGCAUGGUGUCACUGGUGUGUGCUGACCUCAGAUUUGUGAACUCCUAGGAAUAAAACACUUUUGUGUCCUGCA